GGUUUCGAGACAACAUUCGAUUCGUCUUCCAACCACUAGCAACACUCAUUCGCAUCUCUUUUUAUAAUCAUUUCACCAUGACUUACUUAACCAAAGCUUUCAUUGGAAUUUUCAUUCUCUUUGCUUUCACUUCUACCUUUUCAGCAGAAGUCGUAAAGUCUGGCCCACCACAUCAUUGGGGCAACAAGCCAAGUGUCAAAGCAGAAGAGCGCUCAACGGGUCCUGAAGCAUAUUGAUGACGAUGUGUCCACGUUCGUGUAGACAUGCUUCCUUGGAAAAAUGAAAGAUAGGCGUCAAAAAUGGCCCUUUCACAGCAAUUUCUCAACAUGGAGCAGGCUAAUGUCACGAAAUGGACAGUAUAUGCGGAGACAUAUAUUGCGUAUGCUGUUCAGUAAGACGAACACUCAAAUCACAACCAUCCCUUUCAAACGAUGAACACUUUGCAGGCUUUCGCGUAACCUAAUCAGCCUGUUCUUUCCCGUUUACCUAGAUUGACACAAGUAUCUUUUCUCCUCC